UCGGCGCCGUCAAAUCCAGCUAAUUCCUUGCAGUCUCCGUGGAAAAAAAUUCUUGAUGCUUCCUUUGAGAAGACGGCCCAAGAGAUCCAGUCCGGAGAGAAUGCUGAGGAACAGAAAAUAGAAAAGUACCAUCCUUUUCAUGCAUUUAUUCACCCACUAACUGGAACUUCGCCAUAAAAUGAAACACUCGUGUAUACUGUUUAUUCACUGGAAUGUAGCGUCCACAGUACUGCCAUGAAGCCACUCUUUUAAUAGUCGACCACUGUGACAGAACAGAUAACAAGUGCAAAGCAGAGGCAAUCACAAUAGCCAGAGGCAAUGUCUACAGUUAGACUGCAAAACAACUUGCAACAUAUGACACUACUGUGAACACCCGUCAAAACUGCCUGGUGAAAUGAAGGUUCUGUAUUUGUUGUUCCGUACACGAAUCCAGAUUGUAUAAAUGCCACAGGAGCUUCUUGCACAAGUGAACAGGAUGGAUUUGGAAAAUGAGACGUACUCAAACUUUACUUUGGAAGAACUGGCAAAGGGGAAAACGUCCAAGGUGCUGGUGUCACUUUCACUCUCUGUCCUGACCACUCUGACCACAGUCAUUAAUUCCCUGGUGAUAACUGCAAUAAUUGUGACAAGAAAACUGCACCAUCCAGCAAAUUACCUAAUAUGCUCCCUCGCUGUUACUGAUUUACUCGUUGCAGUCCUUGUAAUGCCCUUCAGUAUCAUUUAUACUGUAAAGGAGACAUGGGUCAUGGGUCAAGUUGUCUGUAACAUCUGGUUAAGUGUGGACAUUACAUGUUGCACAUGUUCAAUCCUUCAUCUGGCUGCAAUUGCCUUGGACAGAUAUAAGGCCAUAACAAAUGCUGUUGAAUAUGCACAGAAAAGGACACCUAAACGAGCUGGAAUAAUGAUCACCAUUGUGUGGGUCAUAUCCAUCUUUAUAUCAUUACCUCCUUUGUUUUGGAGACAUCAAGGAAAUAACAAGGAAGAUGAGUGUCUUAUUAAGCAUGAACAUCUUCUCUACACAAUUUAUUCUACAUUUGGAGCAUUUUAUAUCCCCUUGGCUUUGAUUCUCAUCCUCUACUACAAAAUAUAUCGAGCAGCUAAAACUCUUUAUUACAGAAGGAGUGCAAGCAGACGCCUCAAUGAGGAUGUAAAUGGUAGGAUGUCCAUCAUUGCUGUCAAACCCUCCAGGUCACUUUCUGAGAAGUGCACUUCCGAAAAGUCUGUGUCAGACCAUUCCACGAUUGAAGAGGGGGAGAAUGCCCUUAUCACAGCCAGAAACUCCAACCCUGGUGGCCAACAAGAAAAAAUGCAGAAGAGAUUGAAAAUUUCAGGCACAAGAGAAAGGAAAGCAGCGACCACUUUGGGCUUGAUUCUGGGGGCAUUUGUAAUAUGCUGGCUGCCGUUCUUUUUAAAAGAACUUAUUGUGAAUGUCUGUGAAUCCUGUGAUGUCUCUCCAGAGAUAUCUGACUUCCUGACAUGGUUAGGUUACCUCAAUUCUCUAAUCAAUCCCCUUAUUUAUACAAUCUUCAAUGAAGACUUUAAGAACGCAUUUCAGAAACUAGUACGCUGCAGAUAAUUUCUGUAAAUACAAUGGCCGUAUUCACAAACCAAUUAUCUUUGUAAUUAAAAUAGCUAGACCUUCUGCAGAAGCUUUCUGCUUUGAAAGAAAUUUUAGUAUUCCUAUUCUGGUGGUUUACAGUAGCUUUGGAUUAAAGAUAAUGAGCAAAGCAUUAUCUAGAAAUUCUGUCACAGAUGCUUAAAGCUCAUGGAUAUAAGCAAGAAAUUAAUUGGUACUUUUUUUUCCUUUCCAUAUCUAGUGGAAUUCAGUGAGCGGGUAGAGCUUAGCCUGAAAUAUUGGAGAGGAUCUUUUGUGUAUGUGCAUAAAGUGUGUUUAAAAAAAACAUUAUAUAACUUUCUCUAUUAUUCUUUGUGACAUGAAAUGGGUAUAUUAAGUGUAAUUUAAAAAGAAAAUGG